AUGAGUUGCACAAAGAUACCAGCAAGCGUCAUCAUGCCGCCCAAGGAGCUGAAACAAUACAAGCGAUGGCAGUGCUUGCACACCAACGUUAGACCAGCUGAGCAAGGCUACAUUCCUUCAGCACACGAAUACGAAGACUUCCACCAGUGGCUGAAACGACAAGACUCAGGAUACUUCUCAGACAUGUUCGAUGAUAUCACUGGUCACAUCUCAGAUAGUCGUUCCGAAGUAACGUCGUCUUCAUUCGACUCGCCAGUUGCAUCGGUAUGUCAGCAUGCAAUGCACCCCGUAGCAGCGGACCAGCCACAACCACGAUGUCCCGUCUGUACUAUUGAGUUGCAUGUCAGAUACAUGAACGUUCUGACUGAAGCUCUUAAAAGUGCUGGUGGUCACUCGCCCUCUUGUACACUCACCAGUUCUGAGCACCAAGACACAGUCUAUAGCGCCUGGUGCAAGGGAAAGAUUAGCACACUCAAGGAGCUGUCGAGAUUGGAGGCCAUGGCUGAAGAAGAAGCUGUAUGGUCCACGCAGCACCCAGAGGCAAGACAUGAAGAGACGCAAACCGCAGCGAAGGCGGUGGAACUGUACUGGUCAGAAACGACUGGGUGCUUGGAAAAGCUACCGCGCACUAAAAAGCAAGCCACAGUAGUCUUUGCUCAAGAUACCGAUUUCGCGCCUGGACGACCAAACCCUUACUUCCACCGGCGAUCUCCUCGAUACGAGCCUGGGAAAUAUACAGUUGUCGCACUGGAGGAACAGGACGAGGAUCAGAUCUCGGAAGAUUCGGAAGACUACUCUCAGGUUAAGGUCUAUCAUGUCGGUGAAACAGAAGAGUCGGUCGACGAGAGUCACAUUUCCAAAGACGACGAGUCACAAUUGGCUCUUGACUCAAUCAAUGAGAUCGAAGAUGACGACGGAGAUAGUGAUUGGGAGGAUCUUGAUUCUGACGAAGAAAGCUCUGAGUAUGGUGACGAAUAUGGUGACGGUGAUGGAAUAUACUUCGAGAUCGAGGAAGAGGCGAGCUUCAUCGUCUUUGGUGAUGACUGA